AUGAACCCUGAAUCAACAGACCAACUGAUGCUCGCCGCCCUGCAAGACAUAACAGAUUCGGGGACGUCUUUCAAAGACGGCUAUCAAAUUCCGACCAAGGAACCGACAACAGAUGCAAUGACUUGCACUUCCUCUACAAUCGUGUCUGCCUGCGAUGACGACGACAUGCUGCCCGACGACGAUGAAUUCGAGACUGCUCAGGGAAAGAAGAGACGUAAGACGGACCCACGGUGUCAUGCUUCAUCUCUCAAGGAUGAAGGCAACCUACAAGUUGGAUCCACGGUAUUGUUCAUCCCGACUGAGAACCACAAGGUCGAGUCGCUCAGCAAACUCAAGCUUACAGACUACCUGAACAACGUUGCUCCAGGCAUGGUGAGUGUUGUCCGGAUUAACAAAGCUCGGAACAUUGUCGCAGUUGAUGUGAAGCGACCUCUCUUUAAAGCGGAGCUUCUCAAGCUGUCCAAGCUAUGCGCAGUACCGGUCAGAGCCUUUCUGCCGAGAGAUCGCUCAAACUGUUUUGGCAUUCUGCGAGACAUUGACCCUGACUGCACAGAAGACGACAUUAAAACACAUCUGCAGUCCUCCGUUGGCGUGGCAGAGGUGAAGCGACUUGGGAAGACGUCACCCGUAGUGCGAGUCGCCUUCACAGGGAAAGUAGCUCCUCAACACGUCAAAGUGGGGCUUGUAAGAACUGAGGUGAUCCCCUACCGAGCACGCCCCUUGCAGUGCUAUAGAUGUUACAAGUUCGGCCAUAUUGCAGCUGCGUGCACAGCAGAGUUUCAAUUGUGCUAUCGAUGUGGACUGCGUCACGAAGGCACGUGUGAAGCCAAUCCCAACUGCGUUAACUGUCAAGGACAGCACGCCUCUAACUCAGCCGAGUGCCCAGUCAAGGUACGAGAGACUGAAGUUACAAGGUAUCGGCUAGAACACAACACCACUUUUCGCGAGGCAAAAUAUGCCGUGCACGCGAAACGUCAGGCAAACAAGGAAACGGCUGAAGGUGGCAAACCAGCGUCCAGAAUCACCACCAGUAGUGUGCCGUCACUAAAUGCUCAGGAGUACCCUCCUCUUAAGAACCUGGAGAACAAAAUCGACGACCCUGGAGCUGUAGCGACUACUACAACAGCCGCACUCAGAGAAGCACGAAAACCAUCUUUUUGGGAAAAACAAAACAUCAAAGACAUCACUUCACACGCGCCUUCCGAUUCGCGUACCUCGGCACCAAACCAGGCUGGGGAAACAGGUACUACAUCGUUUUUCAAAACCAUAAUACCACUGGUAUUCACCGCACUUCGUCAAAUAUUGAAAACUAUUCCACCGGCAUCAACGUUCCAUCACGCGAUUGAAGCGAUCCUUUCGUUAGAGUCCUUCAUUGCAAGGGUACUCUGA